ACCCGGGUGGUCCGCGGAGGCAAGCUAGUGGCGCUGCUGGAGAGGAGGUUUGGAUCCCGGCCACCAGAUGAGGAGCCUGAGGCCUUGAGAGGUGAAAUGAGUUAUCCAAGGCAUACAGCUAAAUUAAGUAGCAGAGCUGGGAUUAGUCUCCCAAAUUCUUGAUCAGGAUUGUUAAAAUGAGUCUACGGAAACAAACCCCGAGUGACUUCUUAAAGCAAAUCAUUGGACGACCAGUUGUGGUAAAAUUGAAUUCUGGAGUGGAUUAUCGAGGGGUCCUGGCUUGCCUGGAUGGCUACAUGAAUAUAGCCUUGGAGCAGACGGAAGAAUAUGUAAAUGGACAGCUGAAGAAUAAGUACGGGGAUGCAUUUAUCCGUGGAAACAAUGUAUUGUAUAUAAGUACACAGAAGAGAAGGAUGUGAAGACGCCAGGAGUACAAUACUUUUCAUACUGGGGUAUAUUUUUUUAUGAGAUUUUUGGGGGGUUCCUUUGUGACUUCCACUUGUCCCAUUUCAUAAUAGUUGGUGAUUUUUCACUGACCUGCGAGGAAGAGAAAUGUACAGAAUUGUGAUAAUGUAAUUGUGACGCGUUCCUUCCUAUUUAAGUUUCAGUCAUUUCCUUUUACCUCUGUGUCAGUGUG